CUCUCCUCCUAUAACUCUUUGGUCAAGUCCUCCACCAAAUCUUUACGUAUCUUCUUCCUCAAUUAAAAUCCCGAUUUUUUCUCAAAUAAAUUCUCCAUAAAAACCUCAUUACACUCCCAAAACCCUUUAAUUUCUUCAUCCUAUUUCAAUAGGGGGCAGCCGCUGCUGUCUGUAACCGAUCCCUCCGUCUCCCAAACAUCGCCCCUUUUGCCUCCGAUGGAUUUUUCAGCCGGUAAAAAUCUCUCCUCUGGUUGGCGGCCGUCAGUACGCCGGAACUUGUCUGAAACCUUCCUUCAAACCCCUUAUGAGAAUACCUAUUUUGAUCAAACCCUUGAAUCUGCCUUCGCUGGCCUCAAUGUCUCACCUCAGAGCAGUCACCGGGAUUCAUACCCGGGUCUUGGUGGUGGUGAGUUCGUUGACGAGUCAGGUCGUUUUAUGCCUGUGACUGUGAGUCGUGGGUUGUUGCAAAGGAACAACAUUGAUGGAUUGGGUGGUCUGGGUGUGAGGAACAUUGGUGUGGGGAGUUCUGGGGGUUUUGGGUUGCAAAAUCAUGGUCUCGAUGAAGUUAUGGGGUCUAAUGUUGAUGGCUGGAAUACAUUUGUUCCCGAUUCGUAUCAACAAUUCUUAUCUGGUUCAAGGAGGACAGCACUUUUAAAUGAGUUUUCAGCAUUAGCCUAUUCGAAUCAGCAUGGGUUCUUGGGUGGCGAUUCUACAAGGGUUCCUUCUAGAGGGAUUAACAGUUUGGUUUCUAAAAACAAAACCAUAGUGAGGUCCAAUUUUGAUAAUCUUCGUCAUUAUGACAACAAUACGAGGUCUCAGUCGCUCCAGGAUGCUCUGAAUUGCUUGACCAUGGAAGAUCUUAGGGGUAAAAUUGUUGCCUUAGCAAAAGAUCAGCUUGGAUGUAGGUUCUUGCAGAACGUUAUUGAUGGGGCAUCAAAAGAGGCAAUUGAUACGAUUUUCUUUGAGGUGAUAGAAACGGUGGGGGAAUUAAUGGUGAACCCUUUUGCGAAUUAUGUGGUUCAAAGGCUUGUGGAGACCUGCUCUGAUGAACAGAGGACUCAGAUUCUUCGGAUGAUCACCAAGAAUGAAUUUCAAUUUGUUAGCAUAUGUGUUAACAUGCAUGGAACUCGUGCUAUACAGAAAUUGUUGCAUAGACUUACCACCCCACAACAAAUAUCCAUGGUGAUGUCGGCUUUAAGUCCUCAUGCUGUUCCAUUGACUAAGGAGAUGAAUGGUCACCAUGUGAUCCUGCAUUUCUUGAAGAAUUUCUCAGAUGAAGAUAACAAGCGUCUUCUGAAUAAGAUCGCAGAGAAUUGUUUAGCAGUUGCAACUGAUAAAAGUGGAUGUUGCAUACUGCAGCAAUGUGUCAAGUUUGCAAAGGGAGAGACAAGAGAACAUCUGGUUGGAGAGAUAAUUGCAAAUGCAUUCCACCUAGCAGAAGACUGUUAUGGCAACUAUGUUUUGCAACAUCUACUAGACCUUAGAGUGCCAGAAAUCACAAGUAAACUUCUGAAACAGCUUGAAGGGAGUUAUAUGUCUCUUUCUUGCAAUAAGUACGGAAGCAAUGUUGUGGAGAAGUGCUUGAUCGAAUCUGGAGAACAGCAUGCCACAAAAAUCAUAGUGGAGUUGCUUAACAAUCAAAAUGCUUCUAUACUUCUCUUGGAUCCUUAUGGAAACUAUGUCAUCCAGUCAGCCUUAGGAGUGUCUAAGGUAAAGAAAAUUCUCACACUGUAACACUUUUAUAAUGUUUAUGUUUACAUUUCUUUUGAUGUGGUAAACUUGUAAAGGGUUUAUCUAUGAUUCAGAAUCUGCAAAACACAAUUAAGCUUUCAAUGGUUUCAACUUCCAUGGGAUUUAGUAAUGUUUGGUUAUGGAUCUUAGACUUGUCCACAUCCAAAUUGCUUAAACUCCUGUUCUCCAACUCCCAGAGUCAGCCAACUUGUACCUCUUCCCCAACCUUUUUGCAUGUUAAUUUCAACUAAUAUUGGAAAUUUACAUUCAAAUUUAUUUGGUUGUAACAUUUAUCUUUCUCCUUGCAAAAACAGGGUGAUGUCCAUGUCGCUUUGUUAAAUCUUGUGUGGAAAAACUUUCCAAUGAUGCGCAGCAACAUGUAUGGGAAAAAGGUUCUUGCCUGGUUUGAGAAGAGAAAGCUUCUACACCCUGAUAUGAAUCGCAAAAAUUUCAGAAGGUAUCCUCACCAGGAUUUUUUUCCACUCUAGGUGUCGUCCUUCAUCCUUUUUUUGGUCUAUUUUAAGGAUCUGCAAUCUCAUUACAAAGAUAUUUUAGGUGUUCUGUGAAUUUAUUACAUACUUCAUUAGACACAGUUUGUAGGAUGAGUGUUUGUGUUUGUAGCAUGCAGUCAAUCUUUUGGCUAUGGUUCAAUGAAAUCUUGGAAAAGGAAGUAAGGGGAUCUGAAUUACAAACUAACAUGAAUUUGAUGUAUAAUCGCUUGGUCUCAGAGGAUCUGGAAGGGGAUACAACAGCCUGUUGUUCUUGUUCUGUACAUUUCAGAAAUUUCCCACUUUUGUUUGUUAUACCAUAUAUCUACCAUUCCAGUGACUAAAAUAUCUUUCGGUCC